GCCUUCAAAAGUAGAGCAUUUAGGAAUCUUUAAGAUUACUUACAACAGAACAUUUUAUGGACGACCGUUUCCUGAAUCUAGGAGAGAAGGUAAUUCUUACUUUGCUAUGACAAUCUGGUGCUUCUGAAUCAGCUACUGUAAGUAUGUUAUGUUAUUAGUUUAAGUAUUUGCUAUUCAAUAUUCAGAUGAGGAGUCAGACGUCACGUGUGAGUGCGCGCUUGUUAGAGAGAGAGAGAGAGUCACAUGACAGUGGAGUCAGCUGUCUUAACCGUCAGUGGCUUGUGUUCUGCAAACACAUACAAGCUUUAUCACGGUGUCUGUCAUGCGACUCUGUUCCCCUUUCGAGCUUGAACUGAUGCUAAACCUAAGGACAUUAUUUACUGUCUUUACAUUUAUUUUGAAAGAGGAAGCUCGCGAUUAUGGAAAAAUGCAUUACAUUUCUGACAAGUGCUUGUGGUGUUCAGCCAAUCACAAUGCACUGGUCAUUUGGCCAAUCAGAGCAGACUACGCUCGUCAGAAGGAGGGUCUUUGUAGAAAACUAUGCGUUUAGGAGAGGUGGGGAAUAGAGGACCUUCAAUAAUGUACAGUAUUUGAAAAAUAAUUUGUUUUUUGAACAUUAAAUCAUGUCAACAAAUUUUGAGACACCAAAUACACAAAAUUAUAUUUUAAAAAAGCAUCAUAUGACCUGUUUAAAGAGAAGGAUGAAGGGAAAGCAAAAAAAGAGGAAGAGACUAUGAGGUGGACCAAUGUUUUCUACAAAGCUGAAGGCAUGAAAAUAAAAAGACAAUGAGAAGCUUGUGUGCAUCAUUGAAAAAGGAGAAAAUGCAGGCUCAGAAAAAAAAGAAGUGGGCACAGAGGAGAAGAUGCAAAAGAGGCAAAACAAGCGAAGAAGGAAUAUUAUGAAACGCAAGGAUGCCAAGAUGGAGAAACACAAACAGGGCAAGGAAAAAGGGUUAUGUGAGGAUCUCAAGAAGGCCAGCUUAUAGGCAGAAAGGAUUCAAAGAUUAGGUGACAAAAGACGAUCUGCCUCUUUUGUCGGUUCUAUAUAUUUAAAGUUGUACAAUAAGAAUUAUCAUUACAAAUGACAACAUGUAGGUCUAUAUUGCCAAUGUUAUGGUUAGCAGUCACUGGCCCCGCCCACAGCAGAAGUAAUAUUAGAAAGUGCAGCUGGAGGAGGUCUGCUCUGCUCGCAGUUUUAUGCUUGAGAAGUACGUGGACGUCGUUAACAGCUGGUGAAAGUGACUGAACAAGGAGAAGAGCAGCGGUAAAUGGAUCUUCUCUGUCAGUCGGAUCAGUAAACGCAGGUUUUCGUGAUAAGGGCAAUAUGUCUCGUAAACUGCACGCGAGAAGAAUUGAAGGAAUUGACAAGAAUAUAUGGGUGGAAUUCAGUCAGCUGGCUGCUGACUAUAAGGCUGUGAACCUGGGUCAGGGGUUCCCUGAUUUCUCCCCUCCUCAUUUCAUUCAGGAGGCCUUCUGCGAAGCCCUGAAUGGAGGUUUCUCCAAGCACCAGUACACACGUGCUUUUGGCCACCCAAAUCUUGUGAAGAUCCUGGCCAAAUUCUUCAGUAGGAUUGUUGGCCAGGAAAUAGACCCAAUGGAGGAUAUCUUGGUUUCUGUAGGAGCAUAUCAAGCACUUUUCUGCACCUUUCAGGCUCUUAUUGAUGAGGGCGAUGAGGUGAUUAUUGUGGAGCCAUUCUUUGACUGUUAUCAGCCAAUGGUAAUGAUGGCGGGCGGAACGGCUGUAUAUGUGCCCCUUAAACCAAAGGAAGGCUGUGGUCCUGUUCUAUCCAGUGCUGACUGGGUGCUGUCUCCUGAAGAGUUGGCGAGUAAAUUUAGUCCUCGUACCAAAGCUAUUGUCAUUAACACUCCUAAUAACCCUCUUGGCAAGGUCUAUCUGCAGGAGGAACUUCAGAUGAUUGCUGACUUGUGCAUUAAACAUGACAUCAUUUGCAUCAGCGACGAAGUGUACGAGUGUCUCACAUAUGAUGGAACAAAACAUGUGAAAAUUGCCAGUCUGCCAGGUAUGUGGGAACGCACUGUAACCAUUGGGAGUGCAGGCAAGACUUUCAGUGCCACAGGAUGGAAGGUGGGUUGGGCAAUGGGACCAGGGCAUAUCUUGAAGCACUUAAAAACCGUCCAUCAGAACUCGGUGUAUCACUGUGCCACAGCUGCCCAGGAGGCUGUAGCAGUAGGUUUUCAGAGGGAAUAUGAUGUUUUUGGAACAGAGGAAAGCUAUUUCCACCAGUUCCCCAUAGAUCUUCAUCAAAAGCGGCUGAGGCUGGCAGAUUGUCUGAAGAGCGUUGGACUAAAACCUGUCCUACCCCAGGGAGGAUACUUCAUGAUCGCAGAUAUCUCAAAUCUUAAUGUUGACUUUACUGACCCUGAUACUAAAGAUGAACCCUAUGACUACAGAUUUGUGAAAUGGCUCAUAAAAGAGAAGGGACUGGCCACUAUCCCUGUGUCUGCGUUCUUCAGCCCAGAACACAAAGACCAAUUCCAGAAAUACAUCCGAUUCUGCUUCGUAAAGGAGAACUCAACCCUGCAAGCAGCAGAGGACAUACUGAGGCAGUGGAGUGACAGCAAAUGACAAUUCUAAAUUCAGGCAGUACAGGCCUGUCACAGACUGAAAAAUCUGAAACGCAAGAGAACCACUUUCUUCCAUUAUAAUUUCAUAUUGUUUCAUCUCUACUCUGGUGGAUGGUAAACAGUGGUGUCAGUAUUGCCUUAUCAGUUUGAACCUGAAUCAGACCCAGUGAAUAUUAGAGAAGGGGAUCAAGCAGAACCUUUUUGUUAACGCCCCUGUUUAAACGUUUUUAUUUUUUUUAAUUUUUUUUAUUCAUCUGGAACCCCUUUUAUGGUGAGAAUCUUUUAAUGUCAGGCUUGUUGAAAAGGUGUGAAAGUCAAUGGUCUGGAAAAGAAAGAUUCGGUGGAACUAGCCACUUGAUAAAAGACAGGGCCAGCCACCAUUCAAGCAUUCACACAAUUUUGCCUUUGCUUUGUUUUUAACCUUCUCUGAGAAUAGCCCAACAUGUGUUCUGUCCUGUAUUC